CUUCUCUGCACUCUCACCUGGCCUGGAUUGCCCUUGUUGCGUUUUCAGAGUAUCUAUCUAGAUGGCAAAUUUCAGCACCAGAGAGAUCCACAGCACUGGAAACAGCUCCAGAGAGAGUCCCGGGAAAGAGUGAAGAGUUGGAGAAGGAGGAAGAGGAAGAGGAGGAGGAGGAGGAGGAGGAGGCAGGACAGCUGCAGAUCUUUCUCCACAUCUUUGCCUCUUCCGUGGAAGAAUGGGGGCAGGAGCUAUGACCGUCUGUGGUGUCAGAGGUUCAUCUCUGAUCUCUGCUCUCAACCUGCAGCACAACAAGACAGCGGUCCUGGUUAAAGAGGACAUGAAGAAAAUGGUCCAGAUUCCCAUCCUGAGGUCCAGAGCGGUGGCAGCCAAGCACAACAAGCUGUUUGGAGCGUCGCUGUUUGAGCUGCGGGAGCAGGGCCUGCUGGAGGACGGAGUUCCCUCGGUGGUGCGGAGGAUGGUGGAGCAUCUCCGCAGGCAUGCGCUGCGUCAGGAAGGUCUGUUCAGAGUGAAUGGGAAUGUCCGUGCGGUGGAGACCCUGAAACAGCGGCUGGAGAGCGGUGACGAUACAGACCUACUCUCUGAAUCCGAGUCCUGUACUGUGGCCAGCCUGCUCAAACAGUAUCUCCGAGAUCUGCCGGAGGGCCUGGUGGACGCACUAGUCCAGCAGAUGUUGAUACGGCACUACCAAGAAUGUGGUGAUGACGGUUCCUGCGUAGAUGUGAGGGACCUGCUCCGGCAGCUUCCAGACGUCCACUACAGCCUCCUGCGCUACCUCUGUCACUUCCUGACUCAUGUGGAGAGCAACCACAAAGACAACCGCAUGACUGCCCUCAACCUGGCCACUGUGUUUGGGCCCAGUGUCUUCCACGUGGCUACUAAUUUUGAAGCAAUAAGGGACCAAAAUAUCUGCAACAAGAUCAUGGUGAAGCUCAUCCAGAACUAUGGGAGCAUCUUUGAGGCCGACGUGGAUGAGGAGGACGGCACAGAAGACGAGUCUACGCUGAUCUCUGUCAAGGUGAUGCGUGUGACGGAUGCAGCCACACAGAGGUCACCCGAGCAUCUCAACUCAGAGACACCAACACCACCUCCCAGGAUGAAAAUGGGAGACCUGAAAGCACCUGGAGAAGUCGAACUUUCGAACAAAUCCAGCCCAAUCAUGACAAAGGCAAAGUUGAGAAAAAAGAAGGUGAGAAAAGGGAGGAAUACUGGCAUAGCUCAAGUGGUGUCACAGCCCGGCCUGUCUGGUGGGGUGCCCCAUGCACGGACUUUCUCCAUCCCCAUAGUUUUGCCCCUGACCUCAGAGCUCCGGAGUCCCAGCCCUGCAGAGGCGAUGGACACGACACCUCCGCCCCACCACGACACGCCGCUGCACAGUCCCUCACACCUGGCCCAUAAAGAUGUCAGCCUCUCGGGCAGUUCGGACGGUCUAAGCAGCUCCCAAGAUGAAGGCAGGCCAAAAUCUCCUUUCUACAUGAGCAACCACCUCCAUCCUGUCCGCUGCAGACCACAUGCAAUUAAUUUUCUGGACCAGACCAUACGCUCAGCGGUGGAACGGCACCUCUUUGACGCAAACCCUUUAGCAGAUCAGCAUUCGGGGAACUGGGAGUUGACCACAUGUCCUUCAAGUCCAAGGGUCACUGCACGACAGAGACGUCGGCUCCAGAGGGAGCAGCAGGAGGAGGGCCUGAGACACAGGGAGAGAAGCAGGGCUGCGUCCCUCAGGGCAGACAUCAACAACGAGAACAUCCCGUCAAGCGGUGGCAGCAGUUCAGGCAGCGUGGGAGAGGACACGGCCAGCAGAGUGACCUCACAGACAUGCCAGAGUGCUCCCACUGACCCAAUCCCCAAAUCCAGGAAGUCAAAACAGAGCCCGACUCUAGUGCAAUUUACUGGCAACCAUUCGUUCAGAGAAUGUGGUGAAUCUGGUGGAAAUCUCAUGGAGACACUUCAGAACCGGAAUGACGCUUCAAGAAGAUGUGACCUUGGAUCUUCUUCACAGACGCUGAGGAUGAAGAUUCAGGAGUCGCCCGUCGCCUGCGACGCUGCGAGGGUCGGCGGCAGCUCGGAGUCCGACUGCGAGAAGCCGAGCUGCGAGGACGUGCCGCGGCUGGACCUGACGGCUCUGUCCGAGGACAGCAGCUGGGGAGAUCCUUAUUUUCCUCGCACCUGUUUUCUUGAUUUCAAAAGCCUUUUCCAUCAGAGCUGUUGUGAGGAACCCAUCCCAGCAUACCCGCUCCAGAGGGAGAGCAUGGAGCGCGAGGAGGCUCGGCUGUCCCCUCACGCCGGGGGCCGCCUCAUCAGCCAGCUGCUGGAGGAGGACAGCGACCCCAUGGUGUCCCCUCGCUUCUACGCAUACGGGCAUUGCCAGCAGUACUUGGACGACACAGAGGUGCCUCCUUCACCGCCGAACGCACACUCGUUUAUCAGCCGCCGGCGGAGUUCGUCACUCGGUUCGUGCGACGAUGAAAGAGAGGAGCUGACCUCUGCCCAGCUCACGAAGAGGAUACACGUCCUAAAGAAAAAGAUCCAAAGAUUUGAGGAGAAGUUUGAAGAGGAGCGAAAAUACCGGCCCUCCCACAGCGACAAAGCUGACAACCCAGAUGUGCUGAAGUGGCUCAAUGAACUGGCGAGGCUCCGCAAACAGCUAAAAGAAAGCAAGCUGAUUAAGUCAGAGGAGGACCUGCCACCUCUGACUCGCCAGCGCAGCAACACGCUGCCCAAAAGCUUCGGCUCUCAGCUGGAAAAGAAGCCGCUGCAGGAGAAGGCGCCGAAGCCGCCGGUGGAGAGCACCCUGGAUGCCAUUUUAAAGAAGCUGGAAGAGAAGAGGGAGGAGGUGAACCGGCCAGAGGACAUCAAGGAUAUGACACGGGAGCAAAUCGGAGCUGAGAAAGUGGCCCUGCAGAAAGCUCUUCUCCACUACGAGAGCAUACACGGCCGACCAGUGACUAAAAGCGAGAGGCUGAUCAUGAAGCCGCUGUACGACAGAUAUCGCCUGGUGAAGCAGAUCCUGUGCAGAGUCUCCACCAUCCCAGUCAUCGGUUCUCCCUCCAGCAAGCGCAGAGGCCCCCUCCUUCAGCCCAUUAUCGAGGGUGAAACAGCACUUUUCUUCGAUGAUAUCAAGGAGGAGGAGGACGGCUCGGAGGACGACGGGGACACAAACACUCAGUUCAACGUGACCGUUCGGCCAGAACUCAGCGUUUUCAGCUUCCUGGAGCACAUGGACGAGGACGUGGACGGCUUCAUCUCACCCGUGGACGAACUGGCGUCCAAGAACUCGACAGACACGAAUCUGUCCAACCUGCACUCGGCCACCAUGCAGGAACUCUUAGAGCAGCUUCAGGAGGCUAGAGAAGAGAAGAAGAGGAUCCGCAAGAACCUGAAAGACUUUGAAGAUCAAUUCUUCAGACAAAACGGACGAACUGUCCAGAAGGAGGACCGCUCCCCACUUUCAGUAGAAUACCACGAAUACAAACACAUCAAAGCCAAACUGCGGCUGCUGGAGGUCCUCAUCAGCAAAAGAGACUCAACUAAGUACAUCUGAAACAAAAUAAGACUCUAAAAGGACUGGUGCUCCGUUUCCAGCCAUGCGAACGCAUCUCCUUCUUUCAUGGGGGGGAAACGUUGGAUUGUACCUUCACGUCACGGUGUUCUGGGAGCAGCCCACCUCGAGAACUGCUUCUCCACCAAACUCCACCUUCAAAACUGAUUGGUUCUCUGGUACAUGCGCACAAAUAAAUGAAAUCACACGUAUGUUGCUGAUAAUUUAUUCCUAACAUGUUGAGAGCUUUUAAUGUAACAGAUAUAUUAUUUUUCUUAUGUUUAACCAUAGAAAUCUUUUAAAUAAGAACAAUUUUAGUAAUCAGAAAAAAAGGUAUAAUAUAAUUUGGUAUUUUUGAAGAAGAUUCUGUGACGAAGAUGUGUAUUUAUGUGUAUUUUUCUAAGGGAGAUGUUUCUAUUUGUAUCAGCUUAACAGUGUUCACCUAAUGAAUAGUUUUCUUUAUUUCAACUCUGAGCAUCGUGUACAAUCUGAAAUCAUCUUCUUUUCAUGUUUGUUUGUUUGUUUUUUAAGUUUAAUCAUUUAAAAGUGAUUCCUCUUUCACUACAACCCAAAGACCAGGGCUCAAAUGCAACAGCAAACCAAAUGUUCAUCAGUGAAACGGCUCAUUUUUCUGACCACUGGUACUUCCAGUACUUAAGCUCCUGACUGUUUAUCGUGUGCUUUGGCAUGUAUCGUCUCCACCUUUUACUUCAGGUCAAAUAAGCUAUACUUUAAAUCACUGGUAUGUGUUUCUGCACACUGAUUAACACAGACAAGGCCAGACAAGCCACAUUGGAGUGUGUAUGAACGGGGAAGUGGGUGUGUUUCCGCUCUUGUUCUCCUCAGCCUAUUUGCUCCUCUGUAAAUAUUGAUCACAGGUAUGUUUACAUUUCUGUAAGCGAGUACUCUUCUCCUUUCUUUCUCCAAAAUGGAUGAUUUAUCAGUGUGAAUUUUGUUUUUCACUUAACAUAAACACUGGCCAGGCUUAAUGAAUCUUGAGUGUGUACAUUUUAGUACAUAAAUUGUAUUUUGUAUGUAACAUAAAUGAAAUCAUAUUUUUACUGACA